UCUGGGGUCUGGCAGCUCUCUGCGCUGCGAGUCAGUGUAACACUUGCUGCAGGCACCAUUGAAGGGGCUGUAGUGUCCUGGGAGACUGCGAAAUGGGGUAUGUCCCUUGAACCACUUCUGUUAGCUGCUGGGCAUUGAAGUUCUUCCUGGGAUUCACAGAGAAACUCUUGUUGAUUUUCCACCAACCUCUUCCUGGGGAAGAGAACUCAUUUUUUUCCAUUGGCAGGAAAGAUCUCCAUUGGGAAAGUAAGGAAGCUCCUGCUAGCCCAAUGUCUGUACCAGCUGGGAAUCAUCUCAACAUCACCCACUCUAGUUUCCUAUGCAAGAGAAGGAACAAUACCUUCCACAGAUCCUCUUCUUGAAAGACGGAGAAAGGAAUUCGUCUUUUUCUAGCCAAAGGAACCAAGUUGCCCUGAAGAUCAUGAACUUGUCUUCUGAGCACUGCAACAUCUCCGAUUGGCUGAGGCUUGAAGCAACAGUGAAGGCCUCUGUGUACGUGCUCACUCUCCCUUUUGUCACAUUCAUCACAAUCAUCAUCAUCACAAUAGUGUCGCAGAAUUCCAAACUGAGGAAAGAGGUCCGAUACAUCCUCCUUUGCCACCACCUCAUGUGCAUCUCCUCCUACUGUGGCCUGGGGGUGGUCUUCCAAGGGAUGCGGGCCCUGCUGGCCAACAGUCCUGUGGUGCUGUGCUGGGUGGUGUUUGGGGUCCAGCUAAGUUUUGGAGAAGGUAUCCUCUUCACUCUGGCCUUGAUGGCUGUCAACACUUACCUGGCCAUUUGCUGGCCAUUGACAUCUGUGUCCGUUGUAGAGUCAGUUAAAUAUAAGAUUCUGGCUGGGACUUGGAUAAUCAUUGUAUUCAAGAAUGUUUGCUUAUUCAUCAUAGAGGGCACCAAGUCCACUUCGGUUGCUGUUUUAAGAUCUGAACCCCUCUGCCCUGUGACUUUGAACAGUAUUCCUUCCAGAGCCAUUGCCAUGGUUUUCCUUCUCUUUCUUCUAUCUAUUAUUCUUAUAAGUUACUUUCUAAUAUAUCAAGAAGGCAGACGUGCUGGCCAUUUUAAUAGGUCGAACAUCAAAGCAAGGAAAACAGUCCUUAUUCAUUUAUUGCAGAUAAGCUUACAUGUAAUACCAACCUUGAUGUUCAUAGGUUUGGGAAAGAAUUGUGGAAAGUUUUUCUCUGCUUUAAAUCUGGUGCUUUUUGGAGUCUUUGCCUUUGCCCAGUGUUUUAACCCUCUGAUCUAUGGGCUGUGGAAUAGGGAGCUUCGAAGCAGAUUAUAUUAUUGGAUGUGCUGUCAGUUUUGGUGUGGUCACACAAUGAAUGACAGAGGGCCAGUUUAAACAAAAACUCAGCCUUUCUUCUUUGAUUUUUAGUCCUCAGGAUAUAUUUAUUGAUUUUAGAGAGGAAGGAGAGGAAGGGAGAAAGAGAGAGAAACAUCAAUGUAAGAGAAACAUUGA